AAGCUUUUCAACAGCAUCUGAUUCGGAUCAACUGCGCACGACAACGGAUCAGCAGAGCGAACCGCACAAGUUGAUAUUGGUCAUUCAGAAGAGACAUUUAAAGUGUAAACUUUAAACAUUAUCAACAAACAUUAAAUGCAAAAACGUACGAACAUUUCUUUGGAAAAAUAAGUUUAGAGGUUUCAUCACGAAAUUGUUCAAUAAAAUUAUUAUAAAAAGUAUAUUAAAGAGUGCGAAAAAUCGAGCAAUAGUGGCUUUAGGACUUAAACCAGCGAUCAGGGUAUUAUCUCCCCGUGACUGACCACCCUCAAGAGGCGCUUUUUACUAGAUCUUAAAUCUUGUUAGGCGCUUACGGCAAGUUGUAAGCGGUUUUGUAUGAUCGGCUGGCCAGUAGAGUUGUUGAACAAGGAAAGGCUCAUAAGGGAACCAGAAUAAAGGAUGCCCAGGGUAUUUCUGUGUCGGAAAGAAUCCCCUAAUUCGGAACAUAUGGCCACGGAAACUGCCACUCAGAUUAAAACAGAGACCGACCGAGAGUCAGUAGGUAUGGAUGUUGACGUAGUUGACGGCCCAAUUCAAGGUCCUGCUGAUAGCACCAGCGACCCCACCGACGAUCCAACACCCUCUCCCGACAGAUCAACAACACCGCCAUCAGAUUUCCACGCGUCAGAAACAUCGGCUUUUAGUAAAAUAACCAAACCCCUAAGUUCCAAGGAUUCUUUAUUCCGCCCUUAUAAAGAUUUAGUGGAGAAUCAGCGAGUUCAUCCCUCAACCCCAGUAUUCAACCCAGGUCUGCCAGUACAGUCCAAUCACUUUAUGCCACAUCCAAACAUUUCUUCUGAUUUUUUCAAGCAUGCCCCUGGUUUAAUACCAGAACAAGAGCUCUAUAAAAGGUACCUGGAGUCAAAGUCAAUGUUCAAAUUCUCUGGUUUUCAAGAUCCAAGGAUCCCUCUAACCAAUUAUUACCUAAAUCUCAUGAAGCUCGCCCCUCAAGAAGUAUCUCGACCCGAAGACCUUUCAAUGCCUCGCCCAAGAGAUUCCCUUGCUCUUGAUGCCCAACGAUCGUCUAGUCGGUGCAGUUCCCAGCUUUCCCCACCCGAGAGUUCUGGACCCUCAACGUCAGUAUCAAGUUCUAAUGUGGAAUCCCCUGCUUCGGUAGACUCGAUCAAGAGAGAAGUUUCUCAACCCUCAGCGUCUCCAUCACCUCCGCAUGUUCUCGCGUCCAGCACCAAUAUGUUUCAUCCAGCAUUGCCACUACUUAGUAUCCCGAGAUUCACAUUGGGACCAAUGUCAUCAGGGGCACCUUUCGGUGUAAUGCCUGCCGGGGGAUUGCCAGGGAUGAUGCCGCAGAUGGGAUUAGGAUUGGCAGGAAUGGCUGGGUUUCUGGGACAACAACACCUCGGUUUAGGGAUCCGAAAAGAGCCGGGGAAUGACAAGCCAGCUCCUGUUAAGAAAUACAAGUGUGAUGUUUGCGGCAAAGCCUUCUCUAGAAGUAAUACACUCGUCACACAUAAGAGAAUUCACACUGGGGAGAAACCGUUCAAGUGCGAAAUCUGUGGCAGAGCGUUCCGCCAACCCGGGAACCUGACACGUCACCGUCUGACCCACACCACCGUUAAACCGUACGUCUGUUCCACAUGCGGCAAAGCGUUCAACAGAGCUUCAAAUCUUCACACACAUAUGCGCACGCAUACCAACUACAAACCUUUUAUGUGCCCAUUUUGCGGCAAAGGGUUCCAUCAAAAGAUUGACAUGAAGAUCCAUUCCUACACACAUACAGGAGAAAAGCCACACAAAUGCCGUCUUUGUGGGAGAGGUUUCAAGCAACUUACGCAUCUAACCUACCACAUGCGUACGCACUCUGAUGACAAAAUGUACCACUGCGAGGACUGUGGAAAAGGAUUUAAUCAGAAAGGAAACCUACAAGCACAUGUGUUUGGACAUACAGGUGAAAGACGACACAAAUGUGAUGACUGCGGCAAGGCUUUCACACUGGCCAGCACUCUGAACACCCACCAAAGGACACACUUAGAAGAUAAACAUUUACCCGUUGAAAGUCACGAAACGUUUCUUCCAAAAUCAUUCCCUUAGUCUGUUAGUUAUCAUAUGCCAUCCACUUAUCAAGUGAUUUUGUUACGAACAAAGUGCAUUGUGGUUAUGACAUGGGUAUGACGUCAAUUAAUAACAUUUGACAAACUCCUUGGUUGAAUUUAUAAGAUGAUAUUCACGAGUGCUUAUCAUUUUUCAAAUGUCUCCAUUUGAGGUUUCUCAAUAUUUUCAUAUAAAUUGUGCAAUUGAAACUGUUAUUUGUUUAUAUAUAUAUACAUUUGCCAAACAUUCCAUUUACAACAGGGUGGAAUACUUAUUUAGAUGCAGAUCAAGAAUAGGUUGUUCUUCCGAAGUUACUCGUUCCAUUAGUUUACAUUUAAACGUUACUCUUAAACUAUAAUAAUGGACAACAUGCAUCAUGAUAAACCAUGACAU